AUGGCCUGGGUACACCCUGACGAUGAAUCCUUCUCGCGUCGAGACCUCCUCAGCGACACAACUAUUCGCGAGCUCUUCACCGCUCGUCUGGGUCUGGGGGUAACAAGCAUAUCGAGUCCAGAGGAUCAUGGCGUGUUUCACAAACUCUACUUCGUGUCAUUAUCGGAGGCAGAAGGCCAUUCAUGGUCUGGUAGAGAUGUCGUUUUGCGCGUAGCAAGGAAAACAUUCGACAGGGUGAAAACAGAAAACGAGAUGGCCACUUUAGAGCUCCUCCGUGACUCUGGAGUCCCCGUACCGAAAGUCGUCUUCUUCUCGGCUGACCCCCAUAAUUCUCUUGGUUAUGAGUAUAACUGUCUCGAGAAAAUCCCAUACCCCUCCCUUGCUAAAAUAUGGCAAAAUCUUUCCCCAUCUCAGCUCGACACUGUGUUGGACCAAUUGGUCGAUAUAUUCGUCAAAGUGUUUGAUGUCGGCCGUCCUGGACGAUACGGAGGUCUGGCUCUGGGAGGAGGCGCCGGACCUGUGGUUGAAGAAGCAAUGUGGCAGAUUCCUGAUAUCGCGCGUUACUUCCACUCGUCGCCAUAUAAUCUCACUACUGAGACGUUUGCCUCGCUCAACCCGACUGGCUUCUACGAAACCUGGCCAGAUUACGUCUCUGCAUUUCUCAAGUCCUACCAUCACAUCGUGUCUAUUCACCCAGCUGUUUCGUUCCUACGGGAUUUCCUUCCUCGACUCCAACUUUUGAUCGACACUCUUGACAAACCUCAGUCCACCGCUGAGCCGUGGGUCCAGCGACUCCGUACUUCUGAAGAGCUCCGUCCGCGUCUCUACCACACCGAUUUCCACUUUGGCAACAUCUUGGCUGACGUGAACGGGACAAUCAAGGGAAUCAUCGACUGGGAAUUCGCUCGCAUGGGCCCACCGUUCUCUGUUCGUAUGUCGUGGAUCGGAAAUAUUGUAUCGGACGUCCGAGCCACAUGGCCUGACAACCCUGUCGCUCAGAACAUAGGCAGUACGUGGUCAGGGGAGUUUCAUAAACGGCUGGCUGAGCGUGCCCCCCAAAUCGCUGCUAUCAAAGAGAGGGAAUCGGACCGUGACGCGGUUCUGGGCACCAAGGGGAAUGCGCUACAGUGGAUUUGGGUUUGUUUGCGUUCGGCUUUGGAAUAUGGAGUCCGGAGUGAUGAAAGCGUAGAAGGUUCCAAGGGCAGUUGGGUGAAGGUUCUUGAGCGAGAGUUACAAACGCUGGGCCUCUGA